CAUAGUAUGAAGUUUAGUGGUAAUUAUAAUCAAUGGAGAAACAUGUUACACGUUAAAUCACAGGGAAUUAGUUAAGAAUUCUAAUGUGUUCGUGAUCAAUUUUUCACAGAACAAUGAGACUCGUGACACGAUGUAGUAUUUUCAUUUUUCUGUAGUACAACUGAACUGUUCAAAUGAAUUGUCGUUGAUACACGUAGAGUCGAUGCUCUACCGUGUUUGUUUCAAAAGUGAACUGAUGGAGCGGUAAACGAUCGAGUAUAGAAAUAAAACGACAAUAAAAUUGCUAUGACAGUGCAUGUGAUGCAAAACUUGGUAAACAGUUAACAAUGAAUACACCGAAUUUGAAGCAUGUCGUAACCUUCGACGAAAGAUGUAAGGAAGGUAAGUCAAGAACAAACUUAAGCAUGGGUAGCAGAGGAGUCGGAGACAUUCCAACAAUAUUUCAUCCUCAACAAACUCAUACUUCAAAUAUCAUUCUUGGUGACAAUCAGCAGAACCAUGGUCCCCAAAGCGGCCAAGUUACUCAUGAUAAUCCUGGAUGUGAACAGCAACAAGGAUGCAGCGUCAGCAGUGGUUGCGGCGAUUCUGCACCAAGUUGUCGUACUUUGGAGACAACCGGAAGUGGAGGAAUCGCCGAAGGAACUGGUGGCAGCCAGGGGCAUAUCAGUCAAAUACAAGUCCAACAGCAUAUGUCUGCACCUUCUGUUACGUAUCAACAAAGAUCUAAUUCUCUCUCAGCUUGCUACGCUUCCUGUUGCGCUGAGUCCGCAAAAAAGAUAUAUUUUGGAGUGUGUGUAACCAUAUGCGUCACAGCAAGCUGGGUCGGUGCGACACAUUGUAUUAAAUAUUUAUAUUUCAACAAACUUGACAGUUCCAGCUAUUUAUUAUCUUCGAACUCAUCAGUGACGGGGCUACAUCAGCAGCAUACGGUUCCAUACAACGCACCCUUCUUCACAACAUGGUUCUGCACGAACUGGGAAAUCCUCUAUUACCCCAUUUACUUCAUUUGCCAAGCGGCGAGAAUCAAAUGCAACACUCCAUCCGAGAUCAUCGCAGAAAAUUUGCGUGGAUUUCGUGACAAAGGGUUCACCGGCGGACGUUUCUUGAGUAGAUGUAGCUUAUUCUGUGGACUUUGGGUGGUUACCAAUUACAUGUACAUUUACUCGCUCAGAAUAUUGUUAGCUACCGAUGUGAUGGCUCUUUUCGCGACAAACGUGUCCUGCGUUUAUUUGUUAUCAUGGGUUAUUCUUCACGAACAAUUCGUUGGUGUAAGGAUAGUAGCAGUAAUUUUGUGCAACACUGGGAUUGCACUUUUUGCGUACAUGGAUGGAAUAACCGGAAGUCCAACCUUAGGAGGUGUUGUUCUAGCAACGUCCGCAGCAGCUGGUUCUGCUGUUUAUAAGGUGCUGUUCAAAAAAGUUCUAGGAGAAACGACAUUCGGACAAAUGUCUCUGUUCUUUUCACUUAUCGGAUUGUGCAAUGCGAUGCUGUUAUGGCCAAUUUGUUUGGCUCUGUACUUUACGGGGGUCGAGAGUGUGCAUUGGGAACGGUUACCAUGGACAGCAUUACUUCUAGCUAGCAUUCUCCAUUUAGUUGCAAAUAUGCUUGGCAACUUCAGUAUUGCUCUGACAUAUGAUCUGUUUAUCACUCUGGGAUUAAUCACAGCUGUACCUGUGUCUGCUGCGCUAGAUGUUGUUUUAUAUGGAGCCCAUUUUGUGGGUAUGAAACUAGCAGGGAUGAUUUUCAUAGCAGUUGGCUUCUUCCUUGUGAUGUUUCCGGACAAUUGGCCCGAUUAUAUAACCAGAUUACUUCGAAACAUAGUCCUCAUGAGUCACAGUUCGAGUACCACGGGCACCCAGCAGCACAGGAGCAAUGUUGCUAGAAGCCGAUGUUCCUCGAUGCAACAACGGCAAUAUCGGCUAAGAAGCUACGGGGUCUCGUCGGCCCAUGGUGACGGGCAAAUGCUGCUACCGAUUAACAACAUUAACAGGAAUCAGAGUAACGGGAGCCAAGGUGAACAACCGACCACAACGACGAUGCCGAUGAUGUCCACGACCUCGACGACAACCUCCAUCACCACCUUGAACCUAACCCACCGGCACAAUAACUCGUCCCAACAGAACAACACGGUUUUCGAACCCCAACCUCGACGUCUCCCUAGUUCCAUUUCGUUCACGACCACGACCUCAACCUCGACCUCGACCCCGAUAUCGACCCCAAUCGCGACCUCAACCUUCAUCACGACGAAAAGUCAUCAAUGUUCCCACCUUUCUGGCCUACAGAGACAAUAACAAGGUAUGAGUGUACAUUUAGGACAAGAUAGAAGCCGACCUCUGCGUACGGUACACAGAUGAAUCCCGAUCUUUACCACUGGAGAUUGCUGACUCUUGGGAUCGAAACAGAAAUCGCAUCGCUCCCUUUUGUUUCUUAAUUCUUUAACGAGAUUCUCUAGUGUAGAAAGGAAAUUUACAUUUAUUCUAUGCCAAUCAAAGACGUUGGGACCAAAAUUACCAAUUUAUUCUGUUUACAUAAAAUACUGGGACCAAGAUGAACUAGCUAUUCUAGUUCCAAAAUAUAUUACAAGAAAAUGAAUGAUACGAAAGUAGGAGCUACAAGCUGUGGAACGAAUUAUCAUGGCUGUACGACUCCUAUUUACAAAAUUAUAACAGAUUGAAUAUCUAUACAUUAGACAUUGGGACAAAAUGAUUAUAAGAGAAGGGUAAACUUUUGUUUUGCAAAUUAUAGCUAUAGGAUCUUUCUGCAAAUGAAUAUUGUUCUAAAUAGAUUCCUUUCGAAUGACCGAUUUUCACUUUGAUCCACGGAAACAGCAAUUUCGAACGGUGCAAGCACUUAUUGAUGACUUCGGUGAUAAUCGAAGCCCUAAAACUUGUUUUCUUUGAACCUGUUGCAGCAUUAAUGAUAAAGCGAUGCUUUUCGACUGAAAGAGAACGCUUAAAUUUCGUUUUGAACGAUCCAAGAAAUUGUUUCUCUGAUUAACAAAGGUGUUUAAGCGUUCUUUUUCAUUUUAAAUGUUCUUCAGUGAGUAAUUAUGUUGCUACGAAUUCGCAACUCUUUCAAUGUCUUCGAGAUAUACAGGUCAGUUCCCCCAAGAAACGACUUUUUUGUUUUUCGUACCAUAGAUGUACAAUUUAAUCCGUGUGUUAGCUUGAAGAUUUUGUAAUGGUGGAGAUAAUACUGACUUUAGGUUGAAUAUCUCUAUGUUUUAUACAGAUAACGAUAACAGAAGUAUAUAAUAGUAACGUUCAUUGUGACCAAUAAACAACUAUAUAACGUUGAUCGAUGGUAGAGUAUGCUGAAUUGUCAGCAGGCUAAUUAACUCUGAUUUUCUACAGUAGAUCGUACCCAAUUAUACUUGUAGAAGCAAGAACAAUAUCGUCAAAAUUAAUGAAUAUUAUUCUGGAAAAUAAAAAUAUCGGUACAGCAGCAAUCAACUGAAUUGAAAGAUCGCAACAAAACAGAAUUGCUUUUACAAGAGGGACGGAAAUAGGGUAUAGAGCUAAAGGAGGCCUUUUGAUAUUGUACUUAAUUUAUUAUUCUUAGUAGAUAUAUUACCCUUGUGUCUUAGAUUCGCCAAUAUUGAAUUGCUGAUUUUUUAGUGCUACCUUGCGUUUCCGAUUUUAAUAAAAUCGAGUACCCUUUGUACGAAAUAUAUAUACAUACAUAUAUAUAUAUAUUAAUUAUGCAUUUGUUAUCGCUAGUACGUAUACAGUAUGCCUGCGUUUAAGGAAUGACUUUAGAAAUUGUUUAACGAUGUAACUUAACCGUCUGUUUACUCGUAGUUUAAUCAUUAAGUCCGUUAGCAUUCUCCUAUUACGUAUACCUAUUAUACAUACAUAAUUAUUCGGGUGUCGAGCAAUUAUUUUCCAUUACUUAUUCUACAUUUCGUACUUGGAAUGAAGCACUGUGACCAGUGUCAUGCUGCUCUGUGUCUCGUCAAAUUAUUCGUGUUGCUGUACUCGAAUCAAAGCAGUGGAAAAGCUCCAAAAAAUCGCGUAGAUCCUAUACAACAUUUUACUGAUUUGACUCUCCUACUUCUAAGUUAUCUUAGCAAACUGCAGUAAUUUAUUGCUUUCUUUUGAUUCGAGUACGGUUCGAUUUGUAAUUCAAAACAGUCUAAGCAAUUUCUGGAUUAUCAUGUAAAUCUGGUAAUGGAUGGGCAAUUUAAUUAUUAAUAAUCAAAGCCUGAUUCCACAGUUUUUAUAUUUAUUUUAAAUGCAAGUGUACGAGACAAACUCACGAAAGAAAAUUUCAUUUAAUGUUAAGGGAUAAGUAUAUAUUUUAAGAAGUGGUCCAGAAAUUUCUGAGGCUAUCUCAGAAGGAAUUCCUUUGACUAACAUUGAAAAUGUGAGGCAAUGUGACUAUCUGCAUGCAGCCAAGACUCCACUAAUGGAACGUUUGAGUAGCAUAAUUGACCUAAGAUCUAA